UCGCAGGUAUUGAGGAAUCAAGCAACAUGUAUGAGGCUCUAAGAAAGGAAAAGGCGGAGGAAUUCUCAAAAUAUACCGCUUUCAGAUAUGCUGAGAAAAAAAGAGCCAGAGAACAGGGACUGACCGAUGAGGACAAGACAGUCCUCAACACCAACGAUUCCUUCCAGGAUUUGCGCCCGAAAAAGUGGAGAUCAACAAAAAAUCAGAAGAAAAAGGGACCAGACUCAGCCCCGAACUCAGACCCAGUAGAGGCCGAGGACGAAUCCACACGAACAAUGCUAGAAAAAGAAGUAGCAGUGGUUAUGGCCCAAACUGAGAAGCUGAGAAAACUGAACGCAGAAUACGGACCAGAAUUCACGUCCAUUCAGCACAUCGCAGAUGGUAAAGCUCCUCACGUGGUAGCCUCGGCCAAGUCAGCAAGGCUCACCCUAAUGGGUACGCGUCCACUGAUUGCAGCAAGGUACCUGGAGAAGGAGGGAGAAUGGCAGGUGGCUACGGACGUGUCUUUCUCAAUUCCCAGGCUGGAAGAAGGACAAAACGUAGUCAAAAUCCUCCAAGAAAAGGUAACGAAUGAAUUCCCAUUGGGACUGUACGGAACAUUCGAAACACAUGACUGUUUGGAGUCCAGCUCCGUGCAAACUGAACAUGGAAAACAGCAGGACCAACAGAGGGAAGGGGAACGACACAGCCCCGACGCCUUUUCUCCCAUGAUCGCCAAGAUGCCAACAAACACUCAACUCAAGAGUGGAAUGAUGUGGAGACCAUGGAGAACAGUUACAGCAAUCCCGUACAGUGUCCUUGCGAGCUCGGGAAUCCCAGCAGAACUGCUGACAGCCUCGGUAGCACAGCUAUUGAGCUCUGGUGUCUUGAAUGGUGACAGUGACCUGGAAGCCAAGGCAAUCACCAUGGACCUGGAUAGCUUUUAUAGAAGUGACUUUUCAGAGGAUGACAUGGAAGAAUGGCAGGAUGAUGGAGUCACCUCAAAGUCGGCCUCCUCAAUGGAUCAAGGCACCAGCGGAAAGUCUGCUGGGUCGAAGCUGUGGAGGAAAAGAAGAUGCAUACAGGAUGAGUAUGCGACGCCGAAAAUCAAGAAGCUUCUAGCAUUUGAAAGAAUUGACCGGCUUAUGCGACGGAUCACUAAUUUGGACCUGGAUCGGCUGCGUGGUUUAGUGGAGCCUGCAGAGCCUCAACCGAUCAGAAUAACCCCGGUCAAAGUGGAAAGAUUGAGGAAGGGUCGGAGUGGAGGAGGUGGCAGGGUUGCAGUUGUUGAGGUUGUUGUGGAAGUGGAGGUUGUGGCAGAUGUAGAUGGAGUCGUCGAUGUUGUGGUUGUUGCAAGGCGGCUGUCGACAGUGGAUGGAGUGGAGGAGGUGGCAGGGGUUGUGGUUGUUGAGGUUGUUGUGGAAGCGGAGGUUGUGGCAGAUGUAGAUGGAGUUGUUGUUGCUGUAGCAGUUAUGGUUGUUGUCAUUGAUGAUGUGGUUGUUGCUAGGUGGUUGUCGAUAGUGGAUGUCGAUGGAGGAGUCUUGUUUCUCUUGUGUCCAUCCAUCCUCGCCUUUAGGAAAGAGCAGAACGUAAUGAAGAGGAUCAAAAGCACAGUUUGUUUCAGCGAUUGGAAUGACACCUCCGCCACGUUUGUGGAUUGUAAUUUCUCGGUUGACAGUGGGUCAGACACCGAUGAGGGUAGAGUUGACAAUCGGAGACUAACACGUUCGAGGGCAAAUAGGGUCCCACACGUGUUUCAGGCCUUACAACCGGAAGACGAAAGACGGCUUCGUGCCGAACGAAGAGCCCGUGCUCUUGCAGUAGCAUUGGCAGCAGCAAACGAAGCAGCUAGAGAGCAGGCAACAACAGCCAGAGCAGCAGCAAUGGCUAAUGGCGCAGGCUCUGCUGCGUCCUCGUCUGGGACCAAUGGGACCCAGGUGGGAAUCCCUCAGGGCACUUCCGGUUCAAUGAGUUCUGGUCAGUCUAUCAGUCAAAUGGCGGGCUCGCAGUUAAGCCCGUUGACCCCACGCGGCAGGGAGCUCUUAGAGCUCCAACAGGUCGAAAGGAUCCACGAGCGGUUAGAGAGGGAACUGAAGCAAGCAACCGAUAGAGAAAGAGAGAUUAAAAAUAGAGCAGCAAGGCUUGAUAUGUUAGAGGAAGACAAGGCUGCGUUAGAGGGUUUGGAUGAGUCAGCAAUGUCUGACCAACUUAAAAUAUUGAAGAACAAUAUGUUGUCGUUGCAUGCGCACGUGGACAGCAGAUUGGACUUUAUGCAGAACUCUCUAGACCAAAUCUUGGACCUUUUGCAAAGGCCCGGAUUUAGGCCAGCAGCACAGUCGCCGUUGCCGUUAACGGCGAUGUCAGGCCCCUUUCCGAUACAAGCUGGCACACAACCAAGUGACAAUCUCAGGAAUUUGCUGGCCAGCGAGGAUUGCCUUGAGUAUCACUCAUUUGAGACUUUAUCUAGGAAAGCCUUGGACUUAGAGGCCACCCUAGGAAGUGCUCAACCUUCUCAAAAUGACGCGAGGAAAAAGAAGAGUCCACAGGAAUGGAAGAAGAAGGGGGCUAAAUUGAUGAUGGUUGAGUCCGAUGGGACUCAGACAGAGAUCGACGAGCUCACCGACCUGUUGGACGUUUCAGAGUACGAUGGCGAGGAGAUUGCUGAGGGUAGCACCCUCGCCGCAGUAGUAAAGGCUAAGGCUGGUGGCCGAGUGAAGGGCCAUCAAAAGAGUCAAGGGAAGGCCGCCUCCAAUCAGACCAAAGUUGCUGAUUGGGUCAAGGCAGGUCUUGAUCAAGAAGUGUGGCGGGACCRCCGAGUGCGUGGUGCUUGUAUUAACUGUGGUGAAUACGGACACACCCAGUACAAGUGCCGGAACGCAAAGCACGCUAUGAAUAGGAUCUUUCAUGACCACUUAGAUAAGUUUGUCGUUGUCUACUUGGACGAUAUUCUUAUCUUCAGUAAGUUUGUCGAAGAGUAUGCACAACACGUUGAGACUGUACUCUCACUCUUGCGACAACACAAGUAUAAGGUCAACCUAGAGAAAUGUGAGUUCGAACGUACUAAGAUCUUAUAUUUGGGUCAUGAAGUAUCCUCGGAAGGGAUUAGGCCGGAAGAUGCGAAGGUGGCUAGUACAAGGGACUGGCCACGACCUCAGACUGUUACUGAGGUCAGAUCUUUCUUAGGAAUGUGCGGCUAUUAUAGGAAGUUUGUGAAAAAUUAUUCCACUGUCGCCUCUCCUUUGACAGAUCUAACUCAACUUGACACUCCGCAGGACUGGAGUGAUGAGUGCGAGGCUGCUUUCAAACGAUUGAAGCAUGCACUCAUGAAUCAUGAGGUUCUCAUGGUUCCCGAUCCUCAAAAGCCAUUCAUGGUGACCACUGGCGCAAGCCAAUACGACAUUGGCACAGUGCUGGCUCAGCAGGAUGGGAAGAAGUUGAGACCGAUUGAGUACAUGAGCAAGAAAAUGUCAUCGAAGAAACUGGCAAAGUCCACCUACGAAAGGGAACUAUAUGCUCUUUACAAAGCCCUUGUCCAUUGGAGGCAUUUCUUGUUGGGACGAUUUUUCUACUUGAGAACUGACCAUCAGACCUACAAAUGGACCAAGACGCAACCGGCUCUCUCUGAUGCACUCAAGCGAUGGAUUGAGGUCAUAGAUCAGUAUGACUUCAAGCUAGAGUAUCUGAAGGGAGAGUACAACAAGGUUGCAGAUGCGCUGUCCCGUAGAGCAGACUACCUAGGGGCGCUAGUUUUUGAGUUUGGUGUAUCUCAGGAAGUAACUCAAUCGUUGGUGGGAACCUAUCAAGAAGACCCUGCCAUGAUGGACAUCAUGCGCACACUUCAGGCAAAAGACAAGGCCACGGAAAGUGAGUUUGUGAUGGUGGAUGGGUUAAUCUUUCUUGAUAAGGCCGGGUGCAAAAGGUUAGUAGUUCCAUCGAGUGAGAGUUUGCGUAGUUUAUUUCUAGGGGAAUGUCACGACGCAACUGGACACUUCGGCUACAAAAAGACGAGUGUCAAUCUAGUACAACGAUUCUGGUGGCCUGGAAUGCUAGAUGACGCAAAUAAGUAUGUAGAGACUUGUCAGGUCUGUCAACGGGACAAGCCGCGAACUCAAGCACCGCUUGGGUUGCUGAAGCCCUUACCUAUCCCCGCUGGUCCAGGACAGAGUGUUUCCAUGGAUUUCAUGGACACCCUGGUGACCAGUAAGAGUGGCAAGAGGCACAUCUUCGUCAUCAUCGAUCGAUUCACCAAGUACGCUAGACUAGUUGCCAUGCCAGAGACCGCAAGAACUGACCAUGUCAUCAAGUUGUUUUUGGACAACUGGGUGCGUGACUUUGGACUACCAAAGUCAAUCGUUAGUGACAGAGAUGUCCGAUUCACAAGUGAGCUGUGGAAGAAGACUGCUGAGCAAAUGGGCAGUCAACUUCAAAUGACUUCAGGGAAUCAUCCCGAAGCCAAUGGACAAGCCGAACAGAUGAACCGAGUUGUACAACACUUGCUGAGGCAUUACAUCAAGCCCAGCCAGGAUGACUGGGAUGAGAAGUUGCCUCUCAUCACCAGCCUGUACAACAACGCUGUACACAGCAGUACCAGCGUCAGUCCUAAUCACCUGUACUUGGGAUGGAAGCCUAGAUCAGCUCUAGACUUCCUCCUAUCUGAAAACCAAUCCUCUGCAACUCCCGGCACACUUGAGUAUGGUGUUCAGUAUGAGAAGUUGCUGCAGCAAGCUGUCGAGCACAUCAAGAAAGCUCAGCAAACAAUGAUUGCUUCUGAGAACAAGCAUCGACGACAGUCCUCAUUUCAGGUAGGGGAACRKGUCUGGGUCAAGGCUAGUGAGCUAGGACAGGAAUUCGGGAUCUCUCGUAAACUAAUGCCUCAGUAUUUUGGUCCCUGGGAAGUCCUGGAUGUAGUGGGGGAUGAGAUGGAUGGUCCUACCUAUGUUAUCCGUAUCCCUGGACACCUACGCACUCACCUUGUCUUUCAUGCCUCAAAGCUUGCACCUUUCGCUGAGACAGAUCAAUUCCCUUCAAGGAGAUCGAUGCUGCCCCCAACCAUGGAUGGUCAAGUGGACAUCGACGACAUUGUGGAUCACAGAGAUCUGCCUGUUCAAAAGCCAUUGGGUAGAGGAAGACCUCCUAAACCCAAGCGGGAGUAUCGUGUCAGAUUCACGCAUCAUACAGACCCAAAGGAAGAUCGAUGGUUCACCAGAGAGGAACUGAUUGACACAGCUCCUCAAGUGGUGGCAGAAUAUGAGAGAAUGUUAAAAGGGAAGGCACCUGCGAAACAUUGUCUAUGGAGAGAAGUGGAGCACCACACCGUUUGCCCAAAAGAUGACGGUACUGCAGCUGGAAUGAAUCUAGAAGAGUCUUGGGUUCCUGCGGAGCACUAUGAUAGUGCACUUCUCUGCACCGAUUCUGUAACAUGUGAAACGCUGAUGGCAGGUCCAGGAUUGGCAAACACUGACUAUGUCAUAUACAUAUCUGCUUACCCUACACGCCUAUGCAGGUCAGCUGGCACGAUCGCUUACUCAGCAAGCUGCAAACAAGAACCAAUUCUUGAUCGGAUUGUCGCAGGCGGCUUCAACUAUUGUCCAGAUGGGGUCACACCUUAUGAAGACCUUGAUAUUCAGAUCGAAACUACGAUACAUGAGAUGAUCCAUGCUCUGGUGUUCAACAUUCCUAUAUUUGAGAGCUUUAAAUUCCCAAAUGGGAGCCGAAUGAAUAUGGAUAGCAGUGAUCCAUUUAAUAAUGCAGUGAUGGAGACGGUUUACGAACCUGCGCUUGGCUGUUCAGUAUCCAAGAUCAAGUCACCCAAGGUUCAGGAAGCUGUGAGGAGUCAUUUUGGCUGCCCAAAUUUAGAAGGGGCAGAAGUAGAUGGCUCAUGCAAGCUGCAUGGGCAAGGGAGCCACUGGCAGCCAAGGCUCUUCUCUGGGGAGUUGAUGGUUCCGUUUGCAGAAGGGGAACCUCAGCAUGUGCAGGCGUUGACGCUCGGACUGUUUGAAGACAGUGGAUGGUACAUACCACAUUAUGAGAUGUCAUCAUUUUCACAAUGGGGGUUCAUGAAGGGCUGUAUGUUUGCCAAAGGAAAUUGCACUCCCACUUACAACGAUGACUUUCCCAGUGUUUUCCAGUAUGCAUAUUGCGACAUGAAGAGCCCAAGGAAUUUCACGUCCGCAACUGGUUCACAGGCUGACUUGCCUCAACGAUGUUCGCGAUUCAACAAGGGCAAAGGAUAUUGCAUGCAGUGUGAAAGCAACAUUUGCGAUUUUGAGACAUGCGUCCCAUCCAAUUUGUAAGGCCACAGCCUCUAUGAGAGCACCACACCCGUUCCUUGCACUUUCAGAUUUUACUUAUCCGGAAAAACUGUCAGCUUAUGAAUGU